CAGUGUAUGUAAAGUUCACAGAGAAGGUCUGUUUUUGCCAUGAGAGCUAAGCACUCCGGAACCUUUCUCUCCGUGUUGCCCCGGGAUGUAUUUGGGUGUGACACUUUACGGAACACUUACCAUGGAGGAGCAGGAGAUGCAGAUAAAAGUGAAGAAAGUUACAGAUAAGUUUACGGAGAGUAUGUAUGUUCUUGCCAAUGAGCCAUCUGUGGCUCUAUACCGACUACAGGAGCAUGUUCGCAGGUCUCUUCCUGAGCUAGCUCAGCACAAGGCUGACAUGCAGAACUGGGAGGAACAAAGUCAAGGAUCCAUAUAUACCGUAGAGUAUGCAUGCAGUGCCCUCAGGAGUAUGAACUUUAGCAGUGUCCACUUCAAGAGCAUCGAUGGCCUUCUAAAACAAGCUGCCACCCUUAAACAUCAGCUGAAUACUUUGCAAGGCCGGAGAUAGCACCGCAAAAUAACUCAUCCUGUUCAUGUCACAGUCCUACAAUGUAAUAUGGAUUAGUUUAAUAAAACUACGAGCGGGCUCAUUCUAUAUGAAUAGAGCAAUACAAUCUAUCACUAGGAAUGGGUAAUAGCUGUACAUCUGUA